AUGCAAAUUUUCGUCAAGACCUUAACCGGUAAGACUAUUACCUUGGAAGUUGAAUCUUCUGACACUAUUGACAAUGUCAAGUCCAAGAUCCAAGACAAAGAAGGUAUCCCACCAGACCAACAAAGAUUGAUUUUUGCUGGUAAGCAAUUGGAGGAUGGUAGAACUUUGUCUGACUACAACAUUCAAAAGGAAUCCACUUUGCAUUUGGUCUUGAGACUAAGAGGUGGUGGUAAGAAGAGAAAGAAGAAGGUCUACACCACUCCAAAGAAGAUCAAGCACAAGCACAAGAAGGUUAAGUUGGCUAUCUUGACUUACUUCAACGUUGAUGACGAUGGAAAGGUUACCAAGUUGAGAAGAGAAUGCCCAAGCGACACCUGUGGUGCUGGUAUCUUCUUGGCUAACCACAAGACUCGUCACUACUGUGGUAAGUGUCACAGCACCUUCAUGAAACAGGCUUAA